CGGCGGUACGCGCAGCUGGUGAUGGCCCGGCGGGCACGCGGAAGUGAGCGUGGAGAGGGCGGGGACGCGGCGGGGAGGCCCCGGGCAGCCCUGACGGGCGUGUGUGCCUUGCAGAGCACGUACUGCUCCACCAUGGUGCAGCACUGCGAGGCGCUGGGCCGCGCCGUGCAGGUGGUGAACCUGGACCCGGCGGCCGAGCAUUUCAGCUACCCCGUGAUGGCAGACAUCCGUGAGCUGAUAGAGGUGGACGACGUGAUGGAGGAUGAAUCCCUGAGGUUUGGCCCCAAUGGAGGUUUGGUGUUCUGCAUGGAGUACUUUGCCAACAACUUUAACUGGCUGGAGGAGAGCCUGGGGCACGUGGAGGAUGAUUAUAUAUUGUUUGACUGCCCAGGUCAGAUCGAGCUCUACACGCACCUGCCAGUGAUGAAACAGCUGGUGGAGCAGCUCCAGCAGUGGGAAUUCCGUGUCUGUGGAGUCUUCCUUGUGGAUUCUCAGUUUAUGGUGGAAUCGUUUAAGUUUAUCUCUGGAAUUCUGGCAGCACUCAGUGCAAUGAUAUCUUUAGAGAUUCCACAGAUUAACAUCAUGACCAAAAUGGAUUUGCUGAGCAAGAAAGCCAAGAAGGAAAUAGAAAAGUACUUAGAUCCAGACAUGUAUUCUAUGAUUGAAGAUUCUACAAAUAUAUUGAAAAGCAAAAGGUUUAAGAAGCUGACUAAAUCUAUAUGUGGAUUGAUCGAUGACUAUGGAAUGGUUCGAUUUCUGCCUUUCGACCGCUCUGACGAGGAAAGUAUCAACAUCGUCCUGCAGCACAUAGACUUCACCAUCCAGUAUGGAGAGGAUCUGGAGUUUAAAGAGCCAAAGGAAUAUGAAGAAGAUAAAUCUGCUCUUGUGGAUGAAUACUUUCAGGAUCGUGUGGAUGAGUAAAAAAAAAUAUAUUCAAACUGGGAGGAAAAUACUUUGUGGGGAAAAAAUAAAAAUGAAAAAAAAAAUCCUGACCCCUCCACAAACACACUUAAUGUUUUAUCUGUAAGAUAACUAAUAUUUAUAGUAAAGAGUGAGUUAUAUGACCUCAAAACUAUUUUAAUAAACAGUUUUUUAUUCUUGUG